AUGGAUAAACCUUUGAACAAUUCAACAGAUAAUGUGUUGAAUCAAGGAUCUCCUCACAAAAAGAGGAAGAUCGAUCCAUUGUCUGAAGUGGAUCCCUAUGAUGAUGUUUAUUAUAAAAGUUAUAUACCUGGAAGGCAUAAUAAAUUAGAUAGUUUAGUGAGAUUGAGACGUGCUUCUGAUGAAAAGGAAGCUCAGAUAUCCAAGUUAAAUGGUAUUAUCAUGACCCUUAAGACCCAGAGAAGUAACAUUGAGUGUGAAAAUUAUAAUCUAGAAGAUGAGUUGAUCGAGGUCAAACAACAAUUGAAAACAAUUCAAGAUCAAAUUGAAGAACUAGCUUAUCAUGAACAACAAUCAUUGAGUGAGAUCGAUACCAAGUAUGACAUAACGGUUAAGGAAAUGAAACUUCAGAACGAUGAGGAAAUUCAAAAGUAUACUGAUGAUAUCACACUGAAGAUCGAGUCCAUAAUUACUGAAGUACAGAAGCUGAACAUGAAGUUGAGAGAUGAAUUAGUACAAGAAUGCGAUGAUUUGAGGAGUAAGAUCAAAUCACAGGUCCUUGAACUUGAACAAGGGAAAUCAGGCAUAAGGGAAGAUAGUCAAAAAAGGUUAAUAACAUUAGAAAAUAAUCUCGAUGAGAAAAUCCAGACUACCAAUAAGGAUAUAAUUGAUGUUAUCGAGAAAAUCACAGAUCAAAAGAAGACCAAUGAAAUAUUGACGAAGAAGAAAGAGGCAGUCUUUCUGGAAACAGUAGUCUUAGAAACCAGUCUUUCGAAGUUGAUGGAUAAAUUCAAAGGAAAAGAAGACGAGAUAACUGUUCUCAAAAAUAAGAUCACUGACCUUGAAACUCAAAUCAAACAGUCUGAAGAGAAUAUAGUCACCAAGUCGAAGCAAACAGAAACUCGUAAACAGUUGAUCAAGAACCAAUUCCAAAUUUUACAAGAUCUGGAAAUCGAAAGAAGACAUCUACAUAAUAAAGUCCAAACCUUGAAAGGUAACGUACGUGUUUAUUGUCGUAUCAGACCUCCUCCACUUAAUAUUACUGCUGGACAGUUAAUAUCCCUCGAAUAUCCCGAAAAUCUUGAAGGUGGUCAAUCAGUCAAAGUUGCAAAAGAUUCAAGUUCCUAUGAAUUCUCCUUUGAUAAGGUAUUCACACCUUCGCUGAAAAAUCCCGAAAUUUUCGAAGAAUUGGCCCAAUUGGUCCAAUCUUCACUUGAUGGUUAUAAUGUGUGUGUUUUUGCAUAUGGACAAACAGGUUCAGGUAAAACCUGGACAAUGUCUCAUCCUGAAGAUGGUAUGAUCCCUUUAACUAUUGAAAAGAUUUUUCAAGAUAUUGAAGAAUUGAAAAAGUCUAAUUGGGAAUAUACCGUAGAGGGACAAUGUAUUGAAAUUUAUAAUGAUAACAUCGUUGAUUUAAUGGCCACAUCACAACAAAAAUACGAAAUCAAACAUGACGAUAUUAAUGGUAGAACGAGAAUAUCAAAUUUAACUUCCGCAAAAUUGGAAUCCUCUCAAGAUGCCUUGGAUAUGUUUGCUAAAUCGUCUAUCAAGAGAUCAACUGCAUCAACCAACUCCAAUGAAAGAUCAUCCAGAUCUCACUCGAUAUUCAUCCUUAAUAUUUCUGGAUAUAAUUCCAAAUCAGGCACUAAAUGUGAAGGAUGCUUGAAUCUCAUUGAUCUUGCGGGUAGUGAAAGAUUAAAUAACUCUCAAGUUAAAGGUGAUAGAUUGAAGGAAACUCAGCAUAUAAAUAAAUCUUUAUCUUCUUUAGGGGAUGUUAUCUAUAGUUUAUCACAGAACGGGGCUCAUAUUCCUUAUAGGAAUUCAAAAUUAACUUACCUAUUGAAACAUAGUCUUGGAGGAGAUUCCAAAACACUUAUGUUUGUCAACAUAUCGCCUUCACUACAAAAUUUUGGGGAAUCGUUGAACUCUUUUAGAUUUGCAACAAAAGUGAAUAAUACGAAACAGGGUAGAAGAUAA